CCGGCCCCCCACCAGUUUUAACAACAAAGACAAGUACAUAUGAACUAAGGAAACUUCAGAAGUUAAGAGACAUCAAAGGAAACUAAGCAACACAGCAUAUUAAGAAGACGCCCAAGAGUUGAUCCUUCCAUUACAAUGAGAAAUCACACAUGGGUGACUGAAUUCAUCUUGCUGGGAAUCCCUGAGACACAGGGCCUCGAGGGGCCGCUUUUGUGCCUGUUCUCAGCAUUAUACCUGUGUACCCUCCUGGGAAAUGUGCUCAUCCUUACUGCUAUCAUCUCCUCGCCGAGGCUGCACACCCCCAUGUAUUUUUUCUUGGGAAACCUCUCCAUCUUUGACCUGGGAUUCUCUUCAACCACUGCUCCCAAGAUGCUCUGCUACCUCUCAGGGCAGACUCAGGACAUCUCCUUCCAGGGCUGUGUGGCUCAGCUCUUCUUCUACCAUUUCCUGGGCUGCACAGAGUGUUUCCUGUACACGGUGAUGGCCUGCGACCGCUUUGUUGCCAUUUGCUUCCCUUUGCGGUACACGAUCAUCAUGAACCACAGAGUGUGCUCUGCGUUGGCCACAGGGACCUGGAUGGGUGGCUGUGUCCAUGCCACGAUCCUCACCUCCCUCACUUUUCAGUUACCCUACUGUGGCCCUAACAAGGUGGGCUAUUACUUCUGUGAUAUUCCUGCCGUGUUACCUCUAGCAUGUGCAGACACCUCUCGAGCCCAGAGGGUAGGUUUUACCAAUGUUGGCCUGUUGUCUCUAGUCUGUUUUUCUCUCAUCCUUGCCUCCUACAUUCGCAUUGGGAUCUCCAUAUCAAAAAUCCGCUCCAAAGAGGGCAAGCAACGAGCAUUCUCCACCUGCAGUGCCCAUCUUGUUGCAAUUUUGUGUGUUUAUGGGCCAAUCAUCAUCAUCUAUCUACAGCGGAACCCCAGCCCCUUGCUUGGUGCCGUGAUUCAGAUCCUGAAUAACCUUGUCACACCAACACUGAACCCACUGAUCUACAGUCUGAGGAAUAAAGAUGUAAAAUCAGCCCUGAAGAAUGUGUUCCCCGAGAGAUGCUUCCCACUGGAAAACAAAUGACAACAGUGACAGCUUUGCAGAACAGAAUUUGACUCUCCAUUUCUUCGGUUAUAUUUUCAUUUGCCACUUUCAUGUACAUUGAUAUGAAACGUACCCAGAAUCAAUGUAUGACAUAAUCUUUCUAUAUGUUUACGUGAACAGUUACCAAUAGAGUCACACAGCAGACAUUACAUGGAUUCUUAGGCCAUUUGAGUUCUCUCCCAGCAUGGCUGUUUCCACGAACCUUUCUUAUUUGUUUUAUUUUUUUAAAUAGUGAGGAAAGCAUAUUUGCCCUCUUGUAAUCUCAUUUAAAAGUACACUCUAGUUUAUCUAGGGAAAGUAAAGAAAGUAACCCAGAGACUACUCAAGAGUAGUCACUCUUGCUGGAAAUCAGACGACCACUAAUGCAAAUCCUAAUAGCCUCAGUGACAGUGAACAUCUCUUCAGAUCAGCAACAUAGAUGAUCAGACCCCUAUAUUAUGUAUUCUUUCUUUGUAAGCUCCAGCUGUCACCAGUCUACACCAAAACUCAACUACCUUAGUCAUGUUUAAUAUAAAGUCUUUCCAGUGUGCAAUCUUGUUUGAUGUUGAGAUUUUUCUGGUGUUCAGACUGAUGUAUGAUCAGCACAUUUUCCUUGAACAAUUAAACCUCUUGAUGGUUAGUUAGUCCUAAGGAAUCAAAUUCAGUUUGUAAAACAUGGUUAAAAAAAUUGAGUUUGAAUGUGUUGCUUUUUAAGGAACAUUGAUUUAUCUCCAUGUCUAUUACAGAAAGCCCACGUUGGGAUUUUAAUUUAAAUUUGAGGAUCAAUAAAAAUUUUCCUCCCCAUGGGAAAGAAUAUGGAUUUUCCUUUCUCAGAAAAAGUAAUAUAUGACUUACUUUGUUUCCUCAAAUAUCUGUUUCAUAAUGCUAGGGAAAACAGAAAAACUUUAUACAUAGAAACUAUGUUACAUUUUAUAAUGAACAUAUACUCUUUUUGUGGAUUUGGUUUUCUCUUUAUAUUGUAUCUAUCAGUCAUAAAUUUGCUUGUAAGCAACACUAAGCCCUUUUUGGAAAGAAGUAGAGUUUAGAUACCACAAAGAAGUAAAGUGACAGAGAGAGAGAGGGAAGGAAAGGGGAGGGAAGAAUAUUCAUGAGAAUAUUAAUAAUGGAAUGAAUAUUAUGUUCUUUUCUUAUAUUCAAUCCUAUAAACACAGGCUAUUGAAAAUCAGAUCUUAUUACAAGCAUGAACUGUGAGUGGCAGGUGAGUUAUUAGAAAAUAUGAAAUGGUCCCUGUGACAGUGCCUGCUACUCACCAGCACCUCAUCCUGUGCUAUGCGGAAUCUCUGAGAGGUGCCACAGUUUACCUUGUAAGUAGUUGAGUAGUCACUCUGGCUGGAAAUGAAAUGACCACUAAAGCAAAUACUAAUAACCUCAGUGACACUGAGUUUAUCUUCAUAUCAGCAACAAUUAGAGUGAAAUACUGACUCACUGAGUAUAAAGAGAUAAAACACAAAUAAAGGCUUAAUUUCUUCUUAAUUCUUAAACAUGUAAUAACUCUUCAUUACAGCUAGGUUGCUACAAUUUUAAGUGUUCUGUUCACCAGUAAGCCCAACAGCUGCAGGACUCAUUAGAAAUCCUUCUGUGCCUUUUCCAGUGUAUCAGAUCAGGAUGUUCUUGCUGUAGAUUUGUCCUUUCCUAGUGAGGUUAAUUUUGAUUGUUUCUUUUUUUCUUUUUUAAUUAAUUUAUUUGACAGGUAGAGCUGUAGACAGUGAGAGAGAGACAGAGAGAAAGGUUUUCCUUCCUUUGGUUCACUCCCCAAAUGCCACUACGGUUGGCGCUGCACCCAUCCGAAGCCAGGAGACAGGUGCUUCUUCCUGGUCUCUCACGCGGGUGCUAGUGCCCAAGCACUUGGGCCAUCCUCCACUGCCCUCCAGGGCCACAGCAGAGAGCUGGACUGGAAGAGGAGCAACCGGGAUAGAAUCCGGCGCCCAUAUGGGAUGCCAGCACCGCAGGUGGAGGAUAAACUAAGUGAGCCACAGCGCCGGCCCCUUGAUCAUUUUUUUAAGGUGGUAUCUACAAGAUUACUCAACUGCUGUUAUUUUAGCUGCUAAUUAAUAAUGAUUUUUGAAGGCGGUGAGUAAUUUGUAAUUAUUAAAAUAAUUCCUUACCCCUCAAGUUUGCUCCCGCUAGUUUUAGUAUCCAGGAAUAAUACUUGCCUAAAUCAGUUACAGAUGUUCCCUGACUUACAAUGGAGUUAUGUCCUGAUAAUCCCUUCUAAGUUGAAAACAUGACAGUCAAAAUGCAUUUAGUACAACUACCCCAUGGCACAUCCUGGCCUAGCCUAAGUUAUUUUCAACAUGCUCGGGGGUCAGAUGUGGCCUGGUAGGUUAAGUUGUUGCUUGGGAUACCCACAUCUCACAUCAGAGUGCCAGUUCAAGUUUGGCUCCUUUGCUUGCUAUAGCUUUCUGCCAAUAUGCUCAGAGGCAGAAAGUAAGAGACCAAGUCUGAGUUUCUUUUUUUUUUUUUUUUUGUACAUAAUAGUUAAUGCUUUAU